AUGGGCUGCAUUAUAUGGCUGGGCGGUGAAACGCUCGUUUCGGACAAUAAAAUAACCGAGGGGCCCUCAGCGGAGCUGGGAAUAGGACCGCCGCAGGGUGCCACCGCGGGAAGCGUGGGCAGCAGCAGCGCGGCAAGGGCCGCGAACGCGCUGUCCGCGCGCGGCAGCGGGCUCUCGCGCCAGUCGCGCUCGCCGUCGCCCGACUCUCCGCCCGCCAAGCGGGCCGCCUCCGCUGACUCGUCCGGCUAUGAAACCGAUACGCCGGACGAGGUGCAGCAGGAGGCGGUCCGCAGGGUAUGCGGCGCGCUCGGCAUGAGGGAGCAGUUCGAGGCGGCGAUGGCGGCGGGCGAGCUGCUCGAGAUGCUCGAGAGCUUGCCGCGAGGGGCGGUCGAGGCCUCUGUCCGACAGAUGCGGGGUUACAACCGCACGGGCGAGUGGCCAGAGCCCAUUCUCACCAGCCCUGCCCCGCAGCGCGGCCGCUCGCCAAGCCCCGUCGAUGAGUGGUCAGAUGGUUAG